GCCGGGGCGCGGGGGGAUGCGGCUGCGAUCGGGGGUCUUCGCCUCCUCCUGCCUCCUCGUGGAGGUCCUGGGGGUGGCCCUAUUCCUCCGCGGCUUCUUCCCGCUGCCCGUCAGGUCCCUGCCCCGCAGUGAGGCCCGCCGGGACCCACCCGCCGAACCGGCGCCGCCCGGCUCAGGAAUGGUUUCUAACUGGACCAAAAUUCCACCACCACUUUUCAAAAAAGUUGUCAUUGUGCUGAUAGAUGCUUUGAGAGAUGACUUUGUGUUUGGAUCCAAAGGUAAACAAUUUAUGCCCUAUACUACACAAGUUAUUGAAAAAGGGACAUCCUACAGCUUCAUUGCUGAAGCGAAGCCACCCACUGUGACUAUGCCUCGAAUUAAGGCUUUGAUGACUGGUAGCAUACCUGGUUUCAUCGAUGUUGUUGUGAACCUCAAUUCUCCCGCUCUUUUGGAUGACAAUCUGAUAUGGCAGGCAAAAACAGCUGGGAAAAGAAUAAUAUUUUACGGUGAUGAUACUUGGGUUAAAUUGUUUCCAAAGCAUUUUGUGGAAUAUGAUGGAACAACAUCUUUUUUUGUGUCAGAUUUUACAGAGGUUGAUGAUAAUGUUACCAGGCACUUGGACAGAGUGUUAAAGAGAGAAGACUGGGAUAUCCUAAUACUACAUUACCUAGGACUGGACCAUAUUGGUCAUAUGACUGGACCAAACAGCCAGUUAGUGGGACCAAAGCUUCAUGAAAUGGAUAAUAUCCUCAAGAAGAUUCAUAUCUCUCUUCUUUCAAAGGAAGGGGAGGCUUCUCUGCCCAACUUGCUAGUCGUUUGUGGGGAUCAUGGGAUGUCUGAAACAGGUAGUCACGGUGGUUCUUCAGAAGGAGAAGUGCACACACCACUGCUAUUUAUCAGCUCUGCUUUUGAAAAGAGAAGUGGUCCUCUAAUCCAACCCAAAGUUGUACAGCAGAUUGAUUUAGCUAGCACGCUAGCAGUUGGUCUUGGUCUGCCAAUUUCAAGAAACAGUGUUGGGAACCUUAUACUGCCAGUUGUGGGAGGCAAGACAAUGAGAGAACAACUACGCUUCUUGCACUUAAAUGGGUUCCAACUUAGCAGACUACUGCAAGAGAAUACACCUGCAUAUGAAAAAGAUCCUGGAUAUGAGCAUUUUAAGAUAGCAGAAAAGUCCCAUGGUAACUGGAUAAAACUGUACUUAGAAGGAAAUAAUUCAGAAAUACUCUUAAAUCUUGGCAAAAAAGUCCUGAAGCAAUAUUUGGAGGCCUUGAAGACUCUGAGUUCUUCCCUAAGCAAGCAAGUGGCACAAUAUGACAUGUAUUCGAUGAUGGUGGGGACUGUGAUUGUUCUGGAGGUUCUGUUUCUGCUUUUGCUCAGCACUUCAAAAGCUCUGAGCAGCCGGGCAGAAUUUGAAGUGCCUCUCUUCCCACCACUGUUCUCUCUGCUGUUUUACUUGAUGUGUCUGAUGCUCUGUGCGGUUCACGUCAUUGUAUGCACAUCAGCAGAAAGUUCAUGCUAUUUCUGCAGUUUGUCCUGGUUAACGGCAGUUGGGGUGAUGGUGCUGAUUUCUGCACUGAUGUGUGUAAUUUUAUCUGCCAUUGGAAAAAUCUUUGAGAGUUCCAGACUUCCAGUGAAGAAUCCAGUUGUGUCUAAUUCCAGCUGGUCAGAAGUAGAUAUACUGAUUCUGGCAGGAACAGUUGGUCAUGUCUUGAGUUUGGGUGCAAGCAGCUUUAUAGAAGAGGAACAUCAAACCUGGUAUUUUCUCAUCAAUACCCUUUGUUUGGCACUGUGUCAGGAACUUUGUAGAAAUCAUUUUCUUCUGAAGGAAGGUGACUCUCAGCAUAGCAGCACUAUAAAACAGAAUUUUGACAAUGUCAAGGAAGCCUGUGAGUACAAGAAUAUUGAUAUACCAGCAGCAGAUGAUUCAAAAUUGGGAAAGGUCACUUCUUCAGCUGAAUUCAUAAAAGGAUCUGAUAAGUGGAUAAGCUUAGCAAGUCCGUGGAUCAUCCUUAUUUGUUGUCGUUUACUUCGGUCCCUGAAUCAGACAGGGGUCCAGUGGGCUCAUCGGCCAGACUUUGGACACUGGUUGACAAGCUCUGAACAUAAAUCUGAACUCUCCUUUUUGGCUGCAGUCUCCCUUGUUAUGAUCUUCAUUCUGGUUCAGAGAAAAUGUUCUCUAGUUUCAAAAAUUGCUAUGGCACUUGGGCUCCUGGGAGUCUACAGUUACCGGGCAGCCAUUGGAAACAUCGUAUUUCCAUGGCAACAUGACAGCAAAGAUAUUUCAAAGGGGAUUACUGAGGCUCGUUUUGUUUAUGUCUUUGUCCUUGGCAUAGUCUUCACUGGCACUAAAGAUUUACUAAAGUCACAGGUUAUUUCUGCAGACUCCAGUGUGAAGAGUAUAGGAUUAUGGGAAGUAUAUAGUGGAUUGGUUCUGCUAGCAGCCCUUGUAUUUAGACCUCAUAAUUUGCCAGUCUUAGUGUUUUGUUUGCUGAUUCAGACAAUGACGACGAAAUAUAUUUGGAGACCUCUGAAAUUUGAUGCAGCACAGAUUACUAUCAUCCACUACUGGUUUGGUCAAGCUUUCUUCUUUUUUCAGGGAAAUUCAAAUGGCAUUGCUACUGUGGAUGUUUCAGCAGGUUUUGUGGGACUAGAUAGCUAUGUGGAGAUACCAGCAAUCUUCCUGACAGCGUUUGCAACAUAUGCGGGACCUUUGCUCUGGGCCAUUCAUCUGCUGUGCUACUUAAGUUCUGAAGUUAGCAGGAAUUCAGCAGCAAUGGGUCACGGCUGUUUCUGCUAUGCACUGAUACGUUCUAUUCCAGUUGCCAUCUACAUCAUUUUGGUAACAAGCCUGCGUUACCACCUGUUCAUAUGGAGUGUCUUCUCGCCAAAACUACUGUAUGAGGGGAUGCAUGUGUUCAUCACAGCUGCUAUCUGCUUGUUCUUCACAGCCAUGGAUCAGAACCAGUCUCAGAAAGUGCAAGACUGAAAAUAAAUGUACUCUACGCAGUCUACGUCAUGAUGUCCAGUGUGUCACUGGAAUGGAAAAAAGAAAAUAAUGGUUUAAAACUGUUGUGUAUAGCUUGAAGAGUGACCUUGUUUAUUUUAGGCAAUAUUACAUAGGGUUUGAUGGGUUUAUAUGUGUUAACUGAUUUUCAUUAAUAACUUUUGUUUCAUAGUAGUCAUUACAGCAUUCACUGAAUAACUGAGUCACAAUAUUACGUGACAAUGAAUUUCAUAGUAUACCAAAUACAAAAUUGAUUCUAUUAUAUGUUACAUAGAGAGAUGUCAAGUACUGAUUUUUUUUUAAUGAAUAAAGAUUUCUUUGGAUUAAGAUGAGAAGUCUUGAACUUCAAAGAAAAAUACUAUUCUAGGAAAAGAGAUGAACACUAUGCUUCUCACAUUCAGCCAUUCUUGAAUACUGGCUUUUUCAUAUCUGCUUUUACUGUUUGAUUUUUCCUUACUUAGAAAACAAAAAACCAGAAGUUCAUUAAAUACAUUAAAUGCAAUCCCUCCAAAACAGUUCAGAAACAGAAGGAAUGGCUUUUGCAGUAUCCUUUUGUAAAGUUUCAUCAGUAAAAUUAGUUGUAUAUGUUUCUGAAUUUGAUUUUUUUUCUUGUAGCAUAGAAAAAUUAAAAAGAACAAAAGAAAUAGCCUGUUGUAAUCAGCUUGUUGUGCUGGAAAGUUUUUGUUUGAUACAUCUAUAUAAAUCAGCAACUUUCAUGUUUGUGGGAAGAAGACACUAGUAAAAGCAGUAAGGAUGGAGCAAAUACAAGUCUAGUGGUAGUUUGAUCACAGAAAUUUGACAAAAGGUCAUACUGCUCAACAUUUUCAGUUUAAUUAAAAUAUUUGUAAUUAUAUAAAUUCGAUUUGAAUGUUAAAAUGUAGAUAAUAAAUGCAGAUUAAUAAAAAUACAUAUCAUUCCCUCAUGGGUACUGAACAGAAUCUUUCACAUAAUAAAACACUUUUCUUCUUUCUUAGCUUACAGAAUUCUAAAAACAUGUAGACUUGUUGAUGAUGUCGGUAAGAUACUGUAUCUUUAGCUUUAGCUUUCAAUUUUUUGUUCAUAGUGUGCAUGUUUAACGUAUUAUCAAAUAAUGGAAUUCCACUACAAACAUCCCAUGUAAGAGAUUUUUCUGUUUGUUUAAUGUAGGCAGCGUAGGCAGCAUAUUUAUUUAAAGGCAGCAUUUCCUCUCUAAGAUGGGUGCAAUCAUUAACUGUGAUGGAUUUCUGUCUGCACUUCAGCACCUCAGGCACUGGAUAAGAAACAUUGUGGGCUAACAGUGUAAUGAAUCUUCUGUGGAGUCUGUUCAGCACUAAAAUGUGUUUCUUUUUAUUAAUAAGUAUAAAUGUUAAAUCAGGUUUGUGGCAGCUGCGCUGAGAGGUUGAUCAUAUUUUCCACACUCAGGUAGAAGGUUAAGAGCCAUGAGCAGGGAAACAGCUUAAUGGGCUGUGUUACCAGCAGAAUCAAAUGUGUGUUUACAUCAUCUUCCCCUUAGUCCCUCUUGGAAAUGUGGCAUAACUAAUUUAUAGCAGUGCCAUUUUCUAUGCUACUGUCAAGAAAAUAUAUACUGAUGCCUGUUUUUAGUAUAAGUAUUCUUUACGUGGGUUUUUUGACUGUUAUUUUUGUCUGAGUUUGCAGCAGUUAGGAUUUAAUCUAAAUAUAUUAAAGUUAUAUCAAAAGAGGAACAUAUGGGGAACUUUACCUCUUGCCAUGAAUCUGAAAACAAAAAGCUCUUGAGCCUUCUGUAGCUAAUAACGCAUUUAUUACGAUCACUGAUAAUCUUUUCAUCUCAUAUUUCAGACACAGCUAAUCUCAGAAAACAACCCUUUGUUUUUUAUCAGUGGCACCUGCAUUAAUAAUAGGCCAUAUUAAUCAGUAAUAAUGAAAAUUUUUGGAAUUGCAUAACCACAGACUUUUCGGUAAUCUGGUCAUGUAAUGCUGUUCAGCAGGAGAAGAAACUGCUGGAUCUUAGAUGUUGUUCACUGUGACUUGUUAAAAGUUUAAAAAUUAAAUAUUUUUCUAAUAAAUUGUUUUUUUCACUGCAAAA